UCCAGAUCUCCAGAAGUCAUAAUGUGUGCUUUUUUCCUGGAGAGGUGAAUGAUACAGAAUAAAAAUGGCAGAUAGAAGCGGGAGGACCAUUCCAGGACAAGUUUAUAUUGAAGUGGAGUACGACUAUGAAUAUACAGCAAAGGACAAAAAGAUUGUAAUAAAACAAGGCGAGCGGUACCUCUUGGUGAAAAAGACAAAUGAUGACUGGUGGCAAGUCAAAGCAGAUGAAAAUUCCAAGCCUUUUUAUGUUCCAGCACAGUAUGUGAAGGAAGUAGCUCGCAAAGCACUGAUGCCACCUGUUAAACCUGGAGCUGGACUACUAAAUAAUUCCACAAAAAUGACUCAGAGCUUACAUCUUCAGAGAUCUACAGAAAAUGUGAAUAAAUCACCUGAACUUUCAAGUUUUGGGAAGUCAUCAUCUAUUCAAAUAACAGGUCUUGUUCAUGAUGCUAAUCAGAAUUUUGGACCAAAUAGUAGCUCAGGUCAAACUGUUGGUUUAGGUUUAGACCUUGUCCCUAACAAUGGAAAAUUUAACAAUGACUCACAGUCUCCUAAAGUUUCUAGCCAGAGUAGGACACACUUAUUUGGUCACUUUUCCGGUCCAGAGUUCAUUGAUGUAGAGAAAACCAGCUUUUCUCAAGAACAGUCUUGUGAUUCGGCUGGUGAAGGUUCAGAAAAGGUCCAUCAAGAUUCUGAAUCUGGUGAUGAGCUGAGCAGUAGUUCUACUGAACAGAUACGGCCAAAUACACCACCGAAUCAAGGAAGACCAGAUUCUCCUGUCUAUGCUAAUCUACAAGAACUGAAAAUAUCCCAGUCUGCACUCCCCCCUCUUCCUGGCAGUCCUGCUAUUCAGAUUAAUGGAGAAUGGGAAACUCAUAAAGAUAGUACAGGACGUUGUUAUUACUACAACAGAGGAACACAGGAAAGAACAUGGAAACCACCUCGAUGGACUCGAGAUGCCAAUAUAAACAAAGGAGAUUGCCAGAAUUCAGGAGAUCAAGAGCUUCUUUCAUCGGAAGAAAACUACUACAGUUCUUGUUACAACCAGUCAGAUAGUCAGUGUGGUUCUCCUCCAAAGGGCUGGUCAGAAGAGUUGGAUGAACGUGGGCAUACCUUAUAUACCAGUGACUAUACUAAUGAAAAGUGGUUGAAGCAUAUUGAUGAUCAAGGGAGACAAUAUUAUUACAGUGCAGAUGGAUCUCGAUCAGAAUGGGAAUUACCAAAGUAUAAUGCUUCCCAGCAGCAGCAAAGAGAAAUAAUUAAAAGUAGGAGCCUGGACAGGAGGCUACAGGAACCCAUAGUGUUAACAAAAUGGAGGCACAGCACGAUUGUAUUAGACACCAAUGACAAGGAAUCUCCACCUUCCACAAAGCCCUGCUUUCCAGAAAAUGAGUCUUCUCCCUCUUCACCAAAGCACCAAGCCACAGGUCAAGAAAAAUAUGGAUUGUUAAAUGUAACAAAAAUUACAGAAAACGGGAAAAAAGUUAGAAAGAACUGGUUAUCUUCCUGGGCAGUAUUACAAGGUUCAUCUUUACUAUUUACCAAAACCCAAGGAAGUAGCACAAGUUGGUUCGGGGGUAAUCAGUCUAAGCCAGAGUUCACUGUGGACCUCAAAGGAGCAACAAUUGAGUUGGCUUCAAAAGAUAAAUCCAGCAAAAAGAAUGUAUAUGAGCUAAAAACACGCCAAGGAACUGAGCUGUUAAUUCAAUGUGACAAUGACACUCUUAUGAAUGAUUGGAUCAAAGUUCUUCAUUGUACCAUCAGUAAUCAGGCCGUUGAAUGUGAUGAGACAGUUGAAGAAGAGGUACCAGAUUCUCCAGGAAUGGAAAAACAUGACAAAGAAAAGGAUCAUAAGGACUCUAAGAAACUACGUUCAAUGAAAGUUUUGAGCAUAGAUUCUUCAGAGCAGAAGAAAACGAAAAAAAAUCUGAAGAAGUUUCUUACUAGACGACCUACUUUGCAAGCUGUACGUGAAAAGGGUUAUAUUAAAGAUCAAGUAUUUGGAUCCAAUCUUGCAAAUCUAUGUCAGAAAGAGAACGGCACAGUGCCAAAGUUUGUAAAGUUAUGCAUUGAGCAUGUUGAGGAACAUGGUUUGGAUAUUGAUGGGAUAUACAGAGUAAGUGGCAAUCUUGCAGUGAUACAGAAACUAAGAUUCGCAGUUAAUCAUGAUGAGAAAUUGGAUUUGAAUGAUAGUAAAUGGGAAGAUAUUCAUGUCAUCACUGGGGCACUCAAAAUGUUUUUUAGAGAAUUACCAGAGCCUCUCUUUACAUUUAAUCAUUUUAAUGACUUUGUUAAUGCAAUUAAACAGGAACCAAGACAGCGAGUUGGUGCUGUCAGAGAUUUAAUUAAACAAUUGCCAAAGCCAAAUCAAGACACCAUGCAGGUUCUUUUUAGACACCUAAAAAGAGUUGUAGAAAACGGAGAAAAAAAUCGAAUGACCUAUCAGAGUGUAGCCAUUGUUUUUGGUCCCACUCUGUUAAAGCCAGAGAAAGAGACUGGUAACAUUGCAGUUCAUACUGUAUACCAAAAUCAGAUUGUGGAAUUAAUUCUUCUGGAACUGAACUCCAUCUUCGGACGCUGA